UAUUGUCAGGUGGUGUUUUCUUAGGGUAACAAACGCAAUGCGAUUUAACCUAUCUUUUGACAAAAUAUCCUUCUUAUUGAGAUCUUUUCGGUUCAGGGAAGAUUGUAUAAUAUUAAUCGAUCGUUUCGAAAAAGUCGACGAUAUAAGGUUUAAAAGUUUUUCCGAAAUUUGGAAAGAUUUAAAAUUUAGUCUAAUCUUUAAAGACAAAGAACAUGUUGCAGAAUUAAUGGAGUUUUGCGAAGAAAUAUUACAUCUAACAAAACAGUAUUUGUUUUCCGGUACAUUUAAAGAACGUAUUUGUGGCUUAUACCUCUUGUAUGGAAUAUAUUUCAAAAUGCCAUGUUUUCAAUUUAAAAUUAGAAUUACAUUAACAGAGUGGCAAAUGAUUACGGAAUUGCACAAUCAAAUAAGGGAAGGUGAACAUCAUGAUGCGAAUUAUAUAUUGAGCAAACUUAUCAUCAAUAAUGCUUUUAAACAUUGUCUUUUUGACCAAGAGAUUAGCUUUGAGAAAUGCUUUAGAAAAAGAUAUUAUUAUAACAAUAAUCCUUAUUCAGUUUUAUCAUCUAUUAAAAAUAUGGGCGAGAAAGAUCAAAUAUUUGAAAAGAUAAAUAAAUUAAGCAAAACGUAUCACCAAAAGAAAUGUGAAGCAAUUGGCAGCAAUACUGAUACUUGCAGUUUAAAUUUAUUUAAUUCCAACUUUGCUACUGAGAUUAUAAAUGAUAUUCAUACAUUUAGUAGAGGAAAGGGAUAUAAUAAGGAAAUGUGUACAAGUGCAUCGAAGAAAGAUAUUAAAGAAAUAGAAGGAUCUUUGCAAAGUGACAAGAAAAUAAAACGACUUCAAAGAAAUCUAGAUGACGCCUAUCUCACUUCCUCAAGUGAUAUUGGAAGUAAUGUAUCACCAUUAAAUAUUAUCGAUAACAAUACUGAAAGUAUAAUGGAUGAAUUUGCCGAGUAAAUAUAAUAAAAUGAUCCGCAUACUUUUAACUGGUCAUUGUCAUCAAAUCCAGCACUGUGUCCUGCAUUGCGCACAAUAAAACUUGUUCCGUCGUAAUGCAUCCGGCGCUCUCCCCGACGCACAAAUAGAUGAGACGUUUGACCCAACGAUGCUGUGCAAUGUAGAAACGGAGUUGUUAGGGAUGCAGUUCCAUUGCUAGGUGAUGUUCGUAGCUGAUACUUGUUGCUAUUACGCGCAAUUCUGUUGAAAAUUAUAAUGAAUUUACUGCAGCGAAAUACAUAAAUGUAAAAACACACCUAACAAGACCAUCCGGAGUCUGAGAAAUUCUGACAUUAUUGAUGAUCCAAUUUUCAACACCUUCAUCUGUCAUCCAAUAUUGAGCAGCUCCGAGAGAUGUGGCCGCUUCUUGCAGGCACGACGAUCCAUGUCGCGAGCCGGAGUAAAAAACACUCAACGAAAAGUCCUAAAAUAAUAUUAAAGUGAUGUACAACUGACGUAAUUAAAAAUCAUUACUCGUUUAUAAAAUCAAUAAUCUAUUACUUGACUCAUGUCCGAAAACGAGUCAGUGGUUGUUCUAGUUCCCGCUGCAUCCACUAAAUAUACAAGAGCACAUUGUUCGCAGAAAUGACCAACUUAUUAUUCCCAUGCGUAUCGUGGGCCAGAAUUUCAACACGCGAUCCAUAUUGAUAUAUUCUUCCAUUUGGAUGUAAUAAUGCAGCGGCUGCUCCAGAACAGCUUAACGAAAGCACGAUAUUAUUCUGCACUGACGAAAUAUGUAUAUAACGCAUAUGCGUAUAACUAUUUUCUCUUUUUCGUUAUAAUUAAUCACGAUCGACCGUCAUGUCAACUCGAAUCCUAUUGCGGAGUCUCAGGGAAAUGGUACCGUGUGGCGUGGCGACAGCACCUCCUGCACUCGCAUCGGUCUCGUGUUCCCUCCAAUUUUCUGUAUAAAGGCAGGCCUCCUCGGUCGUGUAAUACGGAGUGGCCAUUGUUUUAGGAGUUCUUGGCUGUCUCCAAAUCGCCCCUGAACUCGAAUAAGUGGUUGCACCCGUUAUACCACCGCUCCAUUGAUCCGCUGGUGGUGUUUCAAAGUACUUGGAAAAUUCAUUGUACCGCUGAAAGAGAGUUUGUUCUCGGAUGAUUAAAAAAGAGCAAACAUGAGAAUAUGAA